GCAUCUUCAGUGUGGGCACCCGGCUGUGACAGUUUGCGGUUUCACAGCCGGGUACCCACUACGCAUGCGUGAGUAGCGCUGUGCUUCAUGAAUGGUCCUGUAGUCUUCUUGGACCUGUCACGUGUCCCAAAAGACCACAGGGAGGGAGGGAGGACACCUUCUGCUUCCGAUCGCCUAGGCCAGGGAUGCGGAAGUGGGAGCGGGUACCUGUGAAAUUCGGGUACCCACUCCCCAAAGGUGCCAAUCCUUAUUGGGGAGCGGGGGAGCAGUCCAUAAAGCAGAUCUUCCCCUUUUGGGUGGAGCUCUGC